CACAGUCUCGCAGAUAAGCUCACGGAAGUAACUCGUACAUAGCGGAAAUACACCUAAUAACGUCGAGUGCGAUGAAACAGAACGCGAGUGAAAAUGAAAAUGAAGCAGAUAAAGCGAACCUCGCCAAAACAGUGAUUUUCACAAUCAACGACACAACUAUUACCAGCCCUGUUGCGAAUCGUAAUUCAAAUAAAACAACAAAAUCACACUGCACUUGCUCUACAACUCCUACAGUAAGCUUUGAUGAGUCCGCAAGCAAGCCUGCAGCCGCAACGGCAAGCGCUCCCUCUGACAUUGUCCAUCAAGUGUGCGGCAACUUUGGCCACUGGCAACUGCGCACAAUUUUACUAAUCUUCCUAUGUAAAAUUCCCUCCGCCUGGUUUAUGGCCUGUAUUAUUUACACGGCGCCCACACCCAAAAAGGGUGACUACUUCUGUCGUCCACCAGCACUUAUGAACGCCAGCGCUGGCCCAGCUACAGCGUCUACACCCGCCUGGGUGCGCAUGUCCUCGCCGGCGACAGAUGAGCAAGGCACCGAUCGUCACUUCUAUGUGGAUGCCUGUAAUAUUUACGAGGAGCAAUUACAGCGCGACUUUGCUGCCAAUCAUGCCAAUUACUCCAAUCCUUUUGAGGAGCCCAAUGUCGUGCAGUUGGCGAAUGGUUCGCUGAGUUUGAAAGUGAAUGUGCUGCCUUGUGAUCAUUUUGAGCACAACUCGGAUUACAAUUCGCUCGUAUCGCAGUUCGAUUUGGUUUGUUCGCGUCAGUUGCUGAUAUCAGUGACACAGUCCUUUCAUGGCUUGGGCGCAUUCUUCGGAGGUCUGAUCGUGCCACACGCGCUCAAAUACGUGAGCCCCCAUCGCUUGAUGUUCGUCGGCAUGAGUCUUCAAAUAUUCUGCGGCUGCAUUACUGGGCUAGUCACGAAUUUUCAACUACACGUCUACUUCCGUUGCCUGACUUCGAUUGCUUGUACUGUGUUAAUGUCUGCUGGUCAAGUUAUAUUAAUGGAUAUUACCGCAGGACGAGCAAAAACUGUAGUGACUACACUUUCUGAGCUAUUUUGGGGCAUUGGACUUAUACUUUUACCCGGCAUUUCGAUAUUUUUCGAUAGCUGGAGUUACUUAUAUUUGGCUAUUUCAUCGUCUGUGAUUAUUUUAAUAUUCAUGCACAAAUGGAUCGCCGAUUCGCCGCGUUGGUUACUGCGCCACAACAAAUUAGAUCGCGCGUUGGAACAGCUGCUGAACUCUGCUGCCUUCAAUAACCGACCGAUACCAUUAGACCUGGAUCACAAAUUGGAGUCCUAUGCGAAGCAACUACAACAAAUGGACACUGAGGCACCACGCUACUGGUCGAUUUGGGAUAAAAGCACCGAACGCAAAUAUAUCUACUGCAUUCACUAUGUUUGGGCGGGUGUCUUAGUUCUGCACAAUGUAAUGCUACUGAUGAUAAGAUCACUUGGCAGGGAGUUCAUACACGUCAAUACUGUAUGCGUGGGGUUCUCCGAAAUUCUGGGCAUCUUUCUGGGUCUCUACUUUAUACUCUACACCAGACAUCACUGGCUUUGGUGUGGUCAGCUAAUGAUCGUGGCAGGCACUGUAACUUAUUUGAUCUGGUUCGUGCCGAGCUCAUUGAAAUCUAGUCGCCGCGUGGGUCUCGAAAUGAUUUUCUGGAUGUUUCUGAAGUUCGCGAAUGCCGUUACGUUUGCCGUGCUUGCGACGUGUACCGGUGAAAUCGUGUCCGCCGAAAAGCGUCCCCUAUUGAUGUUCUCUGUGCUGACGCAUAGCCGCUGUUGGGUCAUUCUUGGCCCCUUCAUAGCUGUCACUAUUCAGAUACAUAAUUUAAUUCCAAUCACUGCCUUAACGUCUUUGGCGCUGGUCACCGGCAUCUUGCUUUGCUUUCUGGAUCGCUCUUUUUGGACUACGGAACAGCCACGUAUAACAAAGGUGCCCACACCGAACACUUAUAGGCGCAACUCUUCCUUGGAGCUACUGCGUCGUGUGUCUGCCAGUUCGAUUGGAAGUGCCAGUUAUACAAAUUCAGGCUUAUAUGAAAAUGAUCUGACGAUUAGUGUUUCCGAUUUAUGGCUGGUGAAUAAUCAAUUCGAGACAAUAAUGGAGCAGGACAUUGCGACAUUAGAAAAUGAGAAAGUCGCAGAAAAGAAGCCCAAAAUGGAAAUAAAUCGCAAAAGCUGAGGAAGUAGCACCUAAGUGUGGGAUGGUGUGGGUGAUUCGCCGUUUUGCUUGAACGUAUUGACAGGGUUGCUAUGCUAAAUUAAAAUUUUAUGAUAACAUAAAAAUGAUAGAAUAUCGACACAAUAAAACAAUAAAAGUGUUACUUUGAUUUCGAAAAUUUACAAUAAGAAAUAUUUUAAUACUUAGCUGCAAUAAUGAUUUUUUAUUGAGAAAUAUUUGAAUUUCUAGAAUAUUUUAAGACUUUUUGAUACAAUUUUCUAGGAAAUUUAAUCAUUUUUAUGCAACCAUGUACAGAAAAUAGCGUUUUGAAAUCAGGUGAUCUCCACUGUGAGCAUUUUUUAACCACCAGCUCAGAAUGUAUUACAAAAAUAUCAUUGUCUUCCCUAAUGUUUUCGGAAAUUUAUCGAAAUAAAUGAUAAGAAGUAAUAGAAAAAAUAUUAAGAAACUUUGAAUAAUAAACAGGAAAAAUUGUAUAUUAAUAAUGGAAACAAAAAAUAUCAAAAUAUUGUGAAAAAAUAUUAUGUCGAGGGGGUUGCUGUACAUCUCAAAAAUUGCGGAGUAGACCAAAUUGCUUUCUGAGAAACUGUGACCGCUUUUGA